CAAACCGCCACCACAGCGAGCUCAACGACGACGAGAGGAAUGGAUGCAGGGGCAAAGAAGCUACUCGAGACCGCGACUAUCGAGGCUCUACAUGCACACCACUUCUCCAAGUCCUCUACACAGGCGACAAAUGUCCUGACCGACCUCCUCUCGCGGUAUCUACAAGUCCUUGCAAGCACAUGCGCCAAGUACGCUGAACACGCGGGACGACUGCGUCUCACGGCGAGGGACGCCGUCUGCGCGCUGGAUGAGUUGGGAGUGGGAGUUGAGGAAUUAAACGAGUAUUGUGCGACGGAAGGCAAGGAGAUGGCGCGGUACGCGAUACACACCGCGCGCAGGCUGGAAGACCUCAACGAGUUCCGAGCCGCGCUGUCUGUUGGUCUGCGAGAGGAUCGCGACGAUGCAAUGCAUCUUGUCUACAUGCCUGUCCCGGAGGACAUGCCUACGGAUGAAGAAGUCUCGGAAGAAGAGAGCGAGAGUGAAGAGGCUUUACCAGCGAGCCCACCCUCACUUUCGCAACAAAUGAACGUCGAUGUCGCCAAUCCGGAGGAAGAUGUGACACACAUGCUUGAGGAACAGAAGAACGGACGAAUAUCCAGUCCACGUCCGCUUACACCAAUGCUGCCCCUUUCUCCGAUAUCCAACCCCUCAACGCCGCCCCGGAAGAGACCAAGAACUUCAGGUUGGAAUCCGCCACCGCAUAUACCCGACUUCUUACCUCCUUUUCCGAGCCAUACACCACAGCGCACGCCGUCACCUCCUCCGAUAUCCCUCCCGCCUGCCGUGUCGUCGCUAUCUUCCGCGCCUUUGAAGCCAGAACGGCCAAUCACGCCACCACCGGACGUUGCGCUCAGUACCGCAGACUACAAGAACCGCGUUCCACACAAUAUCUCGAUACUCGCCUCGCAGCCCUUAUCUAGUCUCCCGGUACGACCUAUCAGUCCUCCUUCUCCACCUCCACCGCAGCUCGCCCUGCCAGAGAUUCAACAAUCACUGUACCAGGCGUACCACUACGCAUUAACGCACCCACCGCCGAUGGAGCAGGGCCCAACAAAUCCAGCGCGGUACAAGGUUGCUGUCGCCUUGAUUGAAGAGAGCCAGAAGAAUCCGCGCUGGGAGCCUCUGCCGUCGGUGUACGGCAUCUCGGGCACCAACAUGCCCCGCGUGAGCAGCAUUGGGCCAUGGUACCCUAUCGCCAUCGACGAGAAGACAAACGGCAAGGGCAAGGAGACCGAAGAGCCGAAGUUCCCGCCGCACCAGCCACGCCCGAUCAUGUACCAAGAGCGUGUCGCGCCGCUGGUGAGCCAGCAGGGUUCGCGGAUCCCCGCGCUGGCGCAGAAGGUUCUGCCGAUCAAUGUCCUCCGGCGCACGACGCGCUUCGGGCCUCCGCUGCCGCUGGUGCAGGAUGGCCGGAAGUUGACGUACGGCCCCGGCGUGAGUGCAUCCUGGAAUUCGGGGCCGCAGCCGCCGCAGCCGCAGGCGAACGGCGCAACCAAGGACGGUAUGAGGAAGGAGAAGGGCGAUGCGCCGCCCGCAAAGCCAGCGCCUGACGCGAAGCUUUACGCAACAUGGAACUGGGAGCAGAAGACGUACCGCGACCCGGUACGCCGUCAGCGCGUCGGGAGCGUGUCGCUAAGCGGUACUAUCGGGAACGGACGCCGCAGGAGCGAUAGCCAUGUCGAACGAUGAGGGGUGGUGGAGGGGACCUAGGAGGAGGGAAGACCCGAAAAUUCGCCUUUUUAUUUUGCCUGUUCGAGACUUUUUCGUGCUUUGUCGGACUGCUUUCGCAAGUUACCAGUCGUAUCGGGACACAUUCACAGCCCUGCCGUUAUAAUCAGAUGUGCUCUGUACUUA